CACUUUCCUAACACCUUCAUCUUUCAUCUACCUUGUCAACCCAACACACAAAUUCUACCCAUCAUACAACAAAAAAAAAAAAGUACUCAUCAAAACAACCCAAUGGCUACUCAUACGGAAGGUGACCUUCCGAAACGCCCUGCCUUUGGUACUAAAGGGAGACCUGCUACUAUCGCCUUGAAUUCAUAUGCUGUUUCUAGAUUCCCCACUCUUGCCAUCAACCAGUACGAUGUUACCAUUGGCUCUGGUAAUGAGAAGCGUGCCUUGAUCAAGAAAAUUUGGUUCUCGGACAAACUGCAAUCGGAGUUCGGAGCCGCAAAAAAUACUGUAUUGUUUGAUGGCAAUAAGUUGGCAUGGUCUGUGACCUCGUUCCCUUUUGGAGAUCGUCAUGUUACCAGUGUCGACCUUGAUGAAGGUGAUGGUCGUCCGGCGAGGCGAGGUGGCGGACCCGCUAGAGAUAACAAACAUCGUGUCGUCAUUCAAAAGUCUGGUAGGGUCCCGCUUCAGGUCGUUGAGGCCUUCGUGAAGGGGGAUUAUCGCCUGGACAAUGAUGUUCUUGUCGGGAUUAAUUUCCUUGACCACCUCAUGCGGGAGACCCCCAGCAAGCAUUUUAUUACGAUCAAACGUUCCUUCUUCCAAUCAGCUGGGAAAACCCCAAUGGAACGCGGUGUUGAAGCAUGGAAGGGAAUUUUCCAAUCGGUUCGUGCUACUCAAGGUGGUCGUCUUACCAUCAACGUUGAUGUCGCAACGACUGUGUUUUGGAGUCAGGGCACAGUGUUGGACAUUGCGUGCCGUAUGACUUGGAACGGUUCUCCCGAGGAUCUUCAAUCAAAGAUUGUUAAGGAGCACGGUAAAGGCGUGAUAUCUCGUGAUUUGCGCCGUCUCAGGCGGGUCUCCUUCUUCUGCACCCAUCGUAAGCGCGAUACCGAGGUUCGAAAGAAGGUUUAUACAAUCGAGGGAUUUGACCAGAAUGCGAUUGAUUACACAUUUGAGAUGAAGCGUCAUAACGCUGAUGGAGGUGUUACCACUGAAACCAUCACCGCUUAUGAUUACUUCCUGAGGCAGUACAAUUUGAGACUGAAGUAUCCUCAGCUUCCCUUAGUCAAGACCCGGAAGAAGGGUGAAGUUUUUCCAAUGGAGCUGUGCCACAUCCAGGAGGGCCAACGUUAUCCGUUCAAGCUCGAUGAUCGUCAAACGGCGGAAAUGAUCAAAUUUACUGUUCAACGCCCGACUAUCCGCAUGGAACAAAUCAAGUCAAAUGUGGCCCAGUUGGAUUGGAAGAAGGAUCCCAUCCUUACAAAAUAUGGUAUGGAAAUUGAUACCAAUAUGAUCAAGUCCAAAGGUCGUAUUUUGAACGCUCCCAAGAUUUGCUAUGGUGACGGUUCGACCGAUCGUGUGUUUACUCCACGCGACGGUAAAUGGGACCUUCGCGGGAAGAAGUUUGCUAAAAUCGGUGCCCCACUCAAGGGUUGGGGUUUCAUGAUCUUCGCGCCGCAGAGGAACUGCGAUGAGCUUACUGUGAAAACCUUUAUCCGGCAGUUGGUCUCAGUAUACAUCGGCCAUGGUGGGCAAGUUCAAAAUAAGGAACCGAUAAUCAUGUACGCGGACCCAAAGAAGUCCGUCGGGACUAAUAUUUUCGAGCUUUACAAGAAAGCCGGGAAUCAAGUCCAGGCCAAACCCCAAAUGUUGUUUUUCGUUCUUAGUGCCAAAUCGCCCCAGCCAUACAAUGAGAUUAAGGCAUUCUGUGAGCUCAACAUUGGUGUUGUUUCUCAAUGCGUCCAAUCGAGGCAUGUGGCUCAGGCAAAGGCGCAAUAUUGCUCUAACGUUUGCAUGAAGGUCAAUGCUAAGCUUGGUGGCACGACUUGUUUUCUUGACAAGAGCGAUCACCCUCUUUUCGGCAAGGAGGCGAGUAUCAUCGUGGGCGCUGAUGUUUCUCAUCCAGCCCCGGGGAUCACCAAAGCUUCUUUUGCUUCUAUGGUUGGAUCUACUGAUAUGCAGGGUAGUCGUUUUGCAGCCAUUUGCAACACAAAUGGUCAGGGCAAGGAGUGCAUUACUACCAACAAUAUGGUUAAAUUCAUGUGUACCCUUUUGCGCGCCUUUCGGCAGGAGACCACCAAGAUACCUAUGCGUAUCUUCUAUUUCCGCGAUGGUGUUAGCGAGGGCCAAUAUAAACAGAUCAUUGACGACGAGUUGCGUGAUAUGAGGGAGGCAUGCAAGGUUUUGCAGGCCGACUAUAACCCAAAGAUCACUGUCACCAUUUGCUCUAAGCGUCAUCAUACUCGCUUUUUCCCAGUCGAGCGCAACGCGCAAGACAGGAACGGCAAUUGCCUCCCUGGAACAAUCGUUGAACGUGAUGUUACUCAUCCAACCGAAUACGAUUUCUACCUUGCGGCUCAUAAUGCCAUCCAAGGGACUGCGCGCCCGGUUCACUAUCAUGUCAUCCAUGAUGAAAACAAAAUGCCGGUUGAUAUGUUCCAGGCGUUGGUUUACAACUCCUGCUACACUUACAUUCGCGCCAGUAAUUCUGUGUCAUUGAUCCCGGCGGUUUAUUACGCCCAUCUAGCAUCAUCUCGUGCCCGUGCUCAUGAGGUUGCUGAUGAGGGCAAUACAAUCACGACCACUACUUCUGGUGAGAAGAGGGACCCGGGCGAUGUGGCUGAUAUUAGGCCUCUUCAUGAUACCAUCAAACAUGCCAUGUGGUAUGUUUAAGGGGCCAUGCCAUGCCAUCGGGGGUAGCAUUGAUCGUGAUUUCAACUUUCGUUCCUAUUUUUCCAUGUAUGUUUGGAUUCUGUAUGGGGCGCAACUUUUAGUUUUCAAAUGGCGAUCUUGUCUUGUAGUCCUAAAAUAAAAAUAAAAACCUUGGUGAAACCAC